UGUUUCAGGUGAUGGAAUAUUAUCAUGAUUUGAAACAUUAUUGGAUGGAUGGCUAUGGGCAUGAUCUGACUUACAGACAAGCGUGUAUGGCGAUCAAAACUAUGUUUGAUAAUUUCAGUCACAAAAGAGACCCGCACGCGAUAUUCCUGUUCGCACACUCGGGGACCCUGCUAAAGAUCCUCACACACAUGCAUCUGUAUAAACCGGAGUCUCCUCUACGAGGCGACGCCAUCGACAGGAAGAGGCCGUGGCGAGCGACUAAUAUUGACUGCUUCGCUUCUAACUUAGCUUUUGUGUUAUACAA